AUGUUCUCCUUCUUCGCCCUACCCAGAGUCUCACAAGGAGACUCCCCCCCCACCGCCUCACGUCUGGACCGCAUCUAUGUUUCGGACCACCUCAAAUAUCGGAUUAUAGACGCCCUGUACACGUCUGCCUCCAGGGAACUCAUCGAUCACGACCUCGCUCCCUCCUGCGUUCUCCAAUGCAACGCCCCAAACCUCGCCCCCAGACCCUGGCGGCUUCCAUAUUCCCUUUUACUCCGCCCUUUCACAACCCAGCUCAUCUCCUCGGCAUGCCAAUCUCUCCCUUCUGAGUUUAAUGGUCUCAGCUGGGACGCCUGGAAGCUAGCACUGUGCAACCAACUCAAAGCAUUCGGCAGACAGGAGAAGAUUCGCAUCAAAAAGACAUCAGACCAUCUCCAGAACUUGGUUAGUCACCUCCGUAUCGCCCGAGCAGUCAACCCUACGGAUGACGGACUCACCGAACAACUGCGCAUUGUUUCCCAACAAUUCGACCAGUACGAAGCAUCCCGCGCUGCCGACAUUGCCCUCAAAGCGAAGCUAAAGGUCGAAGGCCCCCGCAAAAUGGGCAUCUCCUCUCUACUGGCUGGUCUCAACUCUCAUGUUAAAGCCUCCCUAGUCAACUCUCUCCAGGCCCCCUCUGGCGAAACCAUUUCCGAUCUUCCCGCAAUGAGUGCCUUGUGUACCUCCUUCUUCCAGGACCUUUACAUCGCCUCACACCCCGUGCAUCCUGAUGACAGCUUCUGGUCCCAUGUUCCUCCCCCCCACAUCCCCCUGCACAUCACCGCACGCCUCGCACUCCCCUUUUCCAUGGAGGAGAUCUCCUCUGCCAUCACCAAGCUCCCGCGGGGGAAAACCCCUGGGCCAGACGGGCUGCCUCGCGAGCUAUUCAGCACCUUCAGAGCUAAUUUCACCCAAGCUAUCCAUGCCCUGUUCCUCGCCUCCUCAUCCUCCCUUCCUCCCACGAUGCUGCAAGGACGCACAGUGCUUAUCCCCAAGAAGGGGGAUUCCACCGUCCUCGACAACCUCCGGCCGAUCACGCUGAUGAAUUCCGACUAUAAGAUCCUCGCCAUCCGUCUCGCCUCCCGUCUCCAGCCUCUGCUCCCUUCCCUCAUACACCACUCUCAGGCUGCGUUUAUCAAAUCCAGGAAAAUAGGCGACACGCUUAACGAUACUCUCGACAUUUUUUAUUGGGCCGCCACUCAGCACAUCCCCUUGCUCGCCUUGACGGUAGAAAUCCGCAAAGCCUACGACUUAGUCGAUCGCGAAUUCAUGCUCUCAUGCCUUGCUUUACUUGGCCUCCGCCCCGUUUUUCUCAAUUGGCGUCGCCUGAUGGCAUGCUACGCCGAUGACGUGACCAUAUUCCUCAACUCGGAUAAAGAACUUCAGAUGGCCUCCCACGUCCUCCUCUCCUUUGCUGCGGUAUCAGGGGAAUAUCCGAACUGGGCUAUGUGA